UAGUAAUCUUCAUUAGUCAUGUGACGAUGAGUCUGAGCUAACUAACAUUCUUCAAUCAAUCUCUCUCUCACACACAAGAAAUUGAAAACCCUAACAACCUUCCCCAAACAAUGGCGCGCAAAUCCUCCGUCCUCCAACGAGCAGCAAUCGCCGUCAUCUCCGUUAUCUUCAUCUACGCAAUCCUCAACGCCUCCGUAAGCCGCUCCCUCCCUUCCUCAUCCGAUCGCCCCCACCAUCUCAUCCGCGAAGAACAACAAGCUCCGACUCCGAUCCAGCCCAAAGUUAGGGUUUACAUGUACGAUCUCCCCCUUAAAUUCACUUACGGCUUAAUCGAGCAGCACUCCAUCGUCCGAAGCGGCGGCAAACCCCCUCUCGAUGACGUCACAAAGCUCAAGUACCCGGGUCACCAACACAUGCACGAGUGGUACCUCUUCUCGGAUCUAAACCGACCCGAAUCGGAUCGAUCCGGUUCUCCAAUCGUACGCGUCUUGGAUCCCGCGGAAGCUGAUCUGUUCUACGUUCCUGUGUUCUCUUCGCUCAGCUUGAUCGUGAACGCGGGUCGCCCGGUGGAUCCUGGAUCGGGUUACAGCGAUGAGAAGAUGCAGGAAGGGUUGAUUGAUUGGCUCGAGCGUCAGGAGUGGUGGAGGAGGAACGGAGGGAGGGAUCAUGUGAUUCCCGCUGGAGAUCCGAAUGCUUUGUAUCGGAUCUUGGAUCGGGUUAAGAAUGCUGUUCUGCUGGUGGCGGAUUUUGGGAGGUUGAGGGCUGAUCAAGGGUCGUUUGUUAAAGAUGUGGUGAUACCUUACUCUCAUAGGGUUAAUGUCUUUGCUGGGGAGAUAGGUGUUGAGUCUCGUGACACGUUGCUCUUCUUCAUGGGUAAUCGUUAUCGUAAAGAUGGUGGGAAAGUUCGUGAUUUGCUAUUUCAAGUUCUUGAAAAGGAAGGAGAUGUGACGAUAAAACAUGGAACUCAGUCAAGAGAGAACAGACGAGCUGCUACGAAAGGAAUGCAUACUUCAAAGUUUUGUCUAAACCCUGCUGGUGAUACUCCAUCCGCUUGCAGGCUCUUUGACUCUAUUGUUAGCUUGUGUGUGCCCGUGAUUGUCAGCGAUAGCAUUGAGUUGCCUUUUGAAGAUGUUAUAGAUUACAGAAAGUUUUCGAUCUUUGUUGAGUCCAAUGUGGCCCUGAAGCCUGGGUUUCUCGUUAAGAAGCUGAGGAAGAUAGGAAGGAAGAAGAUAUUGGAGUAUCAGAGAGAGAUGAAAUCGGUAAGAAGGUAUUUUGACUAUGGGGACCCGAAUGGAGCAGUGAAGGAGAUUUGGCGUCAAGUCUCACAGAAGCUACCACUUAUCAAGCUAAUGAGUAACCGUGACAAACGCCUUGUCCUAAGAAACUCCACUGAGCCUGACUGCUCAUGUCUAUGCACAAACCAAACUGGUCUCAUCACUUCCCUAUAAAGAAUUCUCCAUUGUCUCCUGAGCGAGACCUAUCAGCUCUAGAGGAGCUCCGUACUCCUUGGCCCCGAGACUUGCAAAUGCAGAUGUCAGCCUCUCAUGGAUUUAACUUUCCCGGUCACGAAAUAGAUAAGUACACACGCAUAGCAACAUAUUCAUAAGGAAGAUAUAUUUGAAAAUGCUUCUUUUUAAUGUAGAUUCCAUUAGUUUUUUCUCGUACUUGGUACAGUGUCACACUUUAUACCCCCACCAACAUCCAUUCUUUUCUACCUCAUUUUUUACUCUGCGCAUGUCGUAGAAAAUGAAAGACAACACAAGCUUGUUUUCAUUUGUUUCUGCCAAUGUUUCAGAGAAUAUCACUCUUUGUAAGCCUUUGGGUCACGGACUCACGGGCCAUAAUAG